AUGACUAUCGACACCCAAGCCAUCGCAAAGGUCCACGCGGCCCUCUUUCCAGGAUACAGCCCCACGCCUGCCCGCUCCGUCCCCGCUCUCGCCUCCGAACUCGGUUGCGCCGCCGUAUACGUCAAGGACGAGAGCUCGCGCUACGGCCUCCCGGCGUUCAAGGUACUCGGUGCGAGCUGGGGUAUCUGCUCGGUGUUGGGAGAGCGGUGGGGUGUUGACCCAUGGGACAUUGAGGGACUGCGUGCGCUCGCCAAGACCAAGCCGGGAUUCACCGUCUUCGCUGCGACGGACGGCAACCACGGCCGCGCGGUAGCACACACUGCCCGCCUAUUGGGCUUGGCCGCGCACAUCUUCGUUCCCUCCACCGUCGAGCAGUGGUCGAUCGACGCCAUUGGCUCCGAAGGGUGUCCUGUAACUCCCGUUGACGCCGAUUAUGACGGAGCAGUCGAUUCCGCGCGCGAGGCGUCACUCAAACUCGGCGACAAUGGCCUCUUCAUGCAGGACACGAGUUUUGAAGGGUACACUGACAUUCCACUGCGUAUCGUACAUGGCUACUCGACAAUUGCGAACGAGCUGUCCACCCAACUCCCCGCCCCGCCCACUGCUGUCAUCGUCCCCGUUGGCGUCGGCUCCCUCGCCCACGCCAUCGUCUCGUACUACGGUGCAGGUGCCGCUCAUCCCGCCCGUGUGUUGAGCGCUGAACCGGAAGCCGCACCAUGCCUACACGCCUCCCUGGCGGCUGGCAAGCUGACAAGCACGCCCGGCCAGCGAUUCACCAUCAUGCCCGGUCUCAAUUGCCCCACCGUCAGCGCACUGGGAUGGGACGACCUCCGCGCAAGUAUCCGCCCCGAAGACGCCAUGGUCGUCAACGAUGUCGAGGCCGAGGCGGCGAUGAAGCAGCUCAACGAGCUGGGAUGUGCAAUUGGGCCGUGUGGCGCUGCGACGCUUGCCGCAGCCAAAAAGGCAACCUUUGCAAACAACGAUGUGGUCGUGCUCAUCUGUACCGAGGGACUGCCGCAGAAGUAG